AAGUGGAUGAGGUCAUCAGCCGAUGCUGGCUGGCCAGUUGGAGGGAGGAAACAAAACUCUACAGCAGGGACGGGGAAGAGAAGCGGCAGACGGGAAGCUUCUACCUAUCCACGACCGUGAUCGACGCCAGCAACCCAUUGAUACGUGGGUAAGAAGCCAUCGUGAUGUCGAGCGGGACAAACCAUCCUUCAUCAAGCCAGCAAGCAGGAAGGGAUCUGUGGUGCUAUUCAAGUUCGGUGGGUUGAAGACCCCGGGAAGCUUGGCAUCACAUGCUCCGCCGUAAGUAGACUACAGAGUAACUUCCUUGGGCAAGGUUACUCGUCGACUUCACUCAAUGCACCCAUUGACCCAACUUCAAACCUUAGAGUUCUUGUUUCUUUUGCAUCUACUUGAAGC